AACUGGCGGUCGCCGCGUGCGCAUCCAAACCCUACUGUUUGUGGUUGCCAUGACGACAGCGGCCCGCAGAGUCCCGGUCCCGAGCCGAGAGUCUGAAGUUUGGAAGAAGUUGGAGACGUUUUUGUAGGACCGGAAGGAUGCUGCGCGGGAACGCCGGUGGGACCCCCUCCUCAAGGGGGGCGCCCUCCUCCACGCCGCUCAGCCGGGAGGCAGACGGAGAGCUGCAGGGCUGCGGGUUCAGACUGCGGCUGCGCGGAGACGAGCACAGGAGAGCGCGUGCAGCGCUAAACGAGCACGACGCAGAACUCCACGAGCGUCGGCGCAGGCUCCGGAGGGUCCUGGAGGCCGAGGAGCUGCAGCUCCUGCAGGAGGUUGAGGAGCAGAAGGAGACCGUGGUGGAGAAACAGGCCCGAAUGCGGGAGAGAGUGAAGGAGCUGAAGAAGAGGAGGGAGGAGGAGAGGACGGAGGAGGUGGAGAGGAAGAUGGAGCUGCUGUUCAGGGAGCAGUGUGAGGAGCUUCGCUGCAUCCAGAGCCAGCGCCAGCAGCAGCUGGUGUGUCAGGAGCGGGAGGCGCAGGUGAGAAGCAGACGGGAGCAGCAUACAUUGCAGCAGCUGGAGGAGCAGCUCUUCCACAAGCUGUGGGAAGCCGACCACAGAGCCAAGGAGGAGCAGGAGAGCGCACGCCACCAGGAGCGCCAGAGGAGAAACCUAGAGCAGCUGAACGUCCUGAGGAGUCAGAGAGAGGAGACAGAGAGGAGGAGACAGCAGGAGAAGGAGCUGAGAGAGGAGGAGGCCCGCCUGAUUCUGCAACAGAAGGAGGUGCUGCUCCUGCAGGAGCAGAGGAACCAGCAGCAGAAGCUUCUGGAGCAGAACCGGUGCCGGCAGCAGCUGGACCGAGGACUCCGGAUGAAGAUGAGGAGGCUGGCCCGAGAGCAGCAGGAGGAGCUGGAGCUGGACGUGAAGAUCCUGCAGCAGAUGGAGGAGCAGCAGAAGGAGGAGCAGCAGCAGGCGGGGCAGAAGAAGAUGGAGCUGUGGGAGAGUCAGCAGACGCAUCGGCAGCAUCUGUCUGAGGAGCUGGAGAGGAGGAGAAAGGAGGAGAAGGAAACAGAGCAGCUGCUGGAGGAGAAGCUCCGUGAGGUUUGGACGAAGCGGGAGGAGAAGAGUCGACUGCAGCGGGAGGCCAGAAACCUGCUGAUGGAGCAGGUGAUGGAGGCCCGGCGCCUCCAGAUCCAGAACAAACUGGAUAAGAGCCGGCAGAAGAAGGCGGAGCUUCAGAAGGAGAGGGAGGAGCUCUGUAGAGCCACAGAGGAGUCAAAGAUAAAGGAGGCAGAGGAGAAGAGAAGCCGGAGGUGUGCGGCGGUCGCGUACCGGGACGACCUGCAGGCUCAGAUAGCGGAGCAGCAGCAGCUCUGCAGCGUCUGGAAGGCUCAGGAGGACAGGGAGCAUCGGCAGGGCCUGCUCCUGGAGGAGAUCUACAACCGCAGGAGAGACCAGGUUCUGGCAGAACCCGAGUCCCACAGAACCAGCAGGCAUCCGUUCCGGCACUGAGGGGUUCAUUCAGUUCAUAAAUAAAAUCAUCAAAGUCUGA